GACCGCCUUGUCGUUCCAAUUCACAAAUCGCAACACGCGAGGAUCCUCCUCACUCUUUCUCAGUUCGUCACGCAAAUGGAACUCAAUCGAUCGGAAUAAGCAUGGAAGAGGGGAUAUUUUUCUUGUAUUCGUCCUUAGGGUUCCAUAAAAUUGAGAAGGAUUUCAGUUGAAUUCUCUGAGAUCACUCACUCGCUACAGCUGAAACUUUCAUUGAUCGAUGGACUCUUCUGUCUCGAACCGGUUCGAUAUUUUUGAGAUUUACAGGAGAUACUGCGAUAUUACAUCAGGAAAUGAACACGCGGGCUCAAGGGAGGCACUGGCUCAGCUAUUGGAAGUGGUGCAAUCUAGGGUGCAGAAAAGUGGCAGGAUUAUUAUUUAUGAUGACCUCUCCGGGCUCAUGUUGCGGCUAAACUUCAUGGUAGAUUCGUGUGAGUUCACACGCUUCUAUGAUUUUGUGUUUUUUGUGUGUCGUGAAAAUGCCCAGAAGAAUAUCACUGUAAGCCAUGCCAUAGCUGCUUGGAAGUUAGUUUUGGAUGGAAGAUUUCGAUUACUAAAACAAUGGUGUGAGUUUGUUGAGAAAAAUCAAAGGCAUAAUAUCUCUGAAGAUACUUGGCAGCAAGUUCUAGCCUUCAGCCGAUGUGUACAUGAAGAUCUUGAAGGUUAUGAUCCUAAAGGUGCUUGGCCUGUCCUUAUCGAUGACUUUGUUGAACAUAUGUACAGAAUCACACCGUCAAACGGUUGCUGCUCUCUUAGGCUUGGUUGUAACUGUGGUGAACUGGAAGUUCAGCCGUGCAUCUCUGAUGAUUCUUUACAUGGUCUUAAAGUUUUUGCAGGGGCAAAGAGGAAGUCAUUUAUGGAAUUUGACAAGGAAGAUGUAUCAAAAUAUCUCUGCUUGAACUCUUCAAAUUUGAAGCAUUCAUUGAAUUCUAAGAGAAGUAGGACUUCUUACGUAGAUCCGCCAGCAAAUGAUGCAGAGGAUUGCAUGGAAAUUGUUAAGAAUAAUAGUAGCCCACUGGGUUCAUCGAGCAACUCUCAGUGUGCGGUUGAAGGUAGCUUGUCAAAGGGCUUUGCAGGACUCCUGUCGACGGGAUCUUGUUUGCAGUUUUGAUCAGGAAAGGAGUGUGUUCUAUUACAUAGUUGCAUGUCUUUAACCUAAAUAUAUCAGCUGAGCGAGUGUUGAUUUAUAUGUUCUCUAUACAUGGUUGGGUUUCGUUGUUGAGGAGUAAUAGGAUUUUUAUGUUCAAUCUUUUGUUAUAUUUUUGUAGUCAAUUAAAAACGGUGAUUUGAUUCGUUUUUCA